AAUUUAUAAUAUGGCGGGAAAGUGGUAUCGCCAAUGAGGUAAUCACGUAUGCUGCAGUCAUUAUCAUGUGAGAUUUCCCGUAUUAUACAAUUAAUGUAUUUUUUAUUUGAUAAGGUUAUUACAGAGAGGAAAGCUGCUAACGUAACCAAAAAUCAUGGCAGAGCACUUAUUCUCGAUGGUAUCAUCCAGUGUACUGAGGCUGAUGAAUUUACUUACCAAGAAAUGAUUGCCUUUCUGCCUCUUUGUUGUCAUAAAUCUCCCAAAAAGGUUCUCGUAAUUGGUGGUGGAGAUGGCGGUGUUGCAAGAGAGGUUGCAAAGCACCCAUAUGUGGAGAGUAUCACUCAAGUGGAAAUUGAUGCUGAAGUGCUUGAAGUUUCAAAGAAAUAUCUACCAUUUAUGGGCAAAGGACUUAGCCAUCCUAAGUUGACUUUGCAUGUUGCAGAUGGUUUUGAUUUUAUGGCUCAACAUCAAGAAGAAUUUGAUGUUAUCAUUACAGAUUCAUCUGACCCUGUUGGACCAGCGGUAUCUUUAUUUCAAAAAGAAUAUUUUGAAAUGAUGAGAAGUGCUCUUAAACCUGGUGGCAUUGUGUGCUCUCAAUCAGGAACAUUCUAUGCAAACAUUGAGCAAGUGACACAAACAUUGAAUCACUGCAGGAGUGUAUUUGCCUCAGCUGCACUUGCAUAUGUAACUGUACCAACAUAUCCAACAGGACAAAUAGCAUUUGUUCUUGGAAGUUGUGAUCCAGAAAUUAAAUUUGACAUUCCUUCAAUUUCUUUUACUGAUGAUGAACUGGAGCAGAUGCAACUUCGGUAUUAUUCAUCUGAUAUACAUAGAGCUGCAUUUGUAUUGCCUCGAUUUGCUAAAAAGAUUUUGUCCAAUGAAUCUUCUACUUUAUAAAAAUUCACAUUAAGAUAAUUGAGGUGAAAGUUUAACUGUUAUUUCAAAUUGGUUUUUUAUAGUAGAGUUUUAUUCUAUUAGAAUGAUACCUGAAUAAUGAAUCUUAUUUGAAAUUAUUACCUUGGAACCUUUUUUAUUUUUGGGGACGCAUGCCAAACUGAUUAUUUUUCAGAGUUAAUCCUAGAAUUUUAAGAGUUUUUCUAUUAGGAAGAAUAGAUACGUUUUAUGUGUCUCUCAGAUUAUUUGUUACGACUCUAUUUUUAUGAAAUAUUCCUGUAUAAAAUUUGAAAUAAAGAUGUGGUACAACAAGCA